CCGGCUGAGCACCCGCGGCGUGGCAGCGGAGGUGUGUCGGGCAGGUGUGGUGAGAGUCACGGCCUUAUAAACUGUGCAUCGCCCACACCACCGCCAGAGACCAGCCGAGACUCGCUCAAGAAACAUCCCUCAAGAGAAGAUGGUGUCCCGCUGCGUGAGUGUUGCUGUGGCGGUGCUGGUGGUGGUGGUCGCUGUGACCGCUGAGCCAGGCUUCAAGAUUAAGGGACGGUGCCGCCCACACGUGCGCUACGUCCCCUACUACAAGACAGUGGUCAACAAGAUACCAGUCUACCAUACAGUCUACAAGGAGAAGGUGGUGCCCUCCCCCAUCCACCAGACCGUGUACAAGACGCAGUACCAGCCGCAGUACCAGACCAAGUACGUGCCCAAGUACGUGACCAAGUCCGUUUACAACACAGACGUGGAGUACAUCACCAAGUACGACGUGCAGUACCAGACCAAGUACGAGACCAAGUAUGUGCCGCAGUACAAGACAGUGGUGAAGACUGAGCACUCCUACAAGACGGUAUGCCCGAAGACUCCCUACAACCCGUACUGAGGGAAGGAGGGAGGGUAGCGAAGGUAGCGAGGCUCAGCAAGGCCCGUCUGUUCCUGGGUGGUAGUGGCCGCUGCCCCGCCGUCUCACCUCAACACUUUUCCUCUCCCGGCCAGUCUUUGUUUUGUCUGUUUUAUGUUUGCCCAAUAAAUAUAUAAGUGAAAACC